AUGAAAAAAGUGACGCAGGUCUCAACCCAGCAGUCACAGCUGCCGGAGGUGAAGUUGGAGCGGCCAGUGACACGACUCGCCACUAUGAGAAGGUUCUUAGAAAUUCCGAAUCCGGCGAUCCUCAAAGUAUUCGUCAUAAGCAGUUUUGCAACGCUCAUCUCAGGAUUUGCCUUAGCCAUUGAAUGGUUCUCUCACGGCAAGAACCAUACCGAAUUCGGCUGGAUCAUUUACUACGCAUUGUUCUUGAUCUUUCUUCCACUUCUCAUCUGGAUCCUCAUGGCCAUCUCUUCUUCUAGCCGCUGCUCAAGUCAGAUUGCAGACUCAGUCGCAGCUAAAGAACCACCGUGUACUGAAGUUUCCGAGGGUAACCGUACUGAAGAGGAAGAAACGAAGAGAAACAGUUGCCGGAGUUUAGCGGUCGUGGUUGAAUCUGAUGAAAGGAAGAACAAAGACGAGAAGACCACGCCGAGGAUUAAACGCGCCGUUUCGUUCCCAUCGCAUGGCAAAGUAAGAUCAUGUCGCACUCGUUAA